ACACUGGGAAGAUGGCAGAAGGUGCAGUGGACUUGACUGAACUGGUAAAGUCCUUCAAGAAGUUUGCAGUCCAUGGAGAUACCAAGGCCAGCGGUCAGGAGAUGACCGGGAAGAACUUUGUCAAGCUGUGCAAGGACUGCCGUGUCAUCGACGGAAAAAACAUCACCAGCACCGACGUGGACAUAGUCUUCACCAAAGUCAAGUCCAAGUCAGCCAGAGUGAUGAACUUUGAACAGUUCAAGCAGGCUCUGAAGGAGCUCGCUCUCAAGAGAUUCAAAGGGAAGGGUGAGGAGGAGGCACUGCAGGAAACCUAUCGUCUGGUAGCGGGCAAGGAGCCAGCUAACAUCGGGGUGACCAAAACAGCAAAGGCAGGCGCAGUGGACAGACUGACCGACACGACCAAGUUCACCGGCGCUCACAAGGAACGUUUCGACGACACGGGGAAGGGGCGUGGCCGGGCGGGGAGAGAGGAACUCCCGGACACCAGCGGUUACGUGGGGGCAUACAAGGGAGCGGGGACCUAUGAGGGGAAAGUCAAGGAUAACCAGUGAGAAAGACAGCGCCCCCUGCUGCCGGCCUCCGCAACUGCUACGGAAAACACCAAAAUAGUAGACGCUGUAUAACGUUAGUGUUUACUUCUUUAUUAGUUAGUUGUUUAAAGUUAGAAAUCCAUUUCUUCCAACAAUAUUUCUCUUGCACUUUGCACAGCAUCUUGAUUUCGUUUGUGACUUCUGAUAUGCUGUAUAAAUACACUGCAACUACUAA